AUCAUGUGCCUUCACGGCCAUUUGUCACCUAAUCGCGCGUGGCAAAGGUAGGACGUUCCGUUUCCCCACCUCUACUUCCCCUCUUUAACCCUCUCCAGACGUCGUCUUCUCGACUGUUCCACCAUCUCUCCCUCCCGCCGCCGCAGAUCAAAGGUUCAACGAUAUGAGCUACUACAACCACCAGCAGCCCCCUGCCGGCGUCCCCCCUCCGCAAGGCUAUCCUCCGGAAGGAUACCCUAAGGACGCCUACCCGCCGCCGGGUUACCCGCCGCAGGGAUACCCACCUCCCGGCUACCCGCAGCAGGGGUACCCGCCGCAAGGAUACCCUCCGCCCCAGCAACAGAGCAGCGGCCCUUCCUUCGUGGAGGGAUGUUUGGCCGCUCUUUGUUGCUGCUGCCUCCUGGAUGCUUGCUUUUGAUUUGGGAAUUUGAAUUUGGAACUCGCAAGUCUAGUCCUGUUAUCUUCUUUUCUUCAACAAACCCUUUGCUACCUUCUAAUUGAAUCAUUUUGGUAACUGUAAACCUCGGAUGUUAGAACCCAAUUUCAAUUGGUUUUCUUCUUCUCA